AUGGCUACAACUGCAACUACAACUACUGCUACUAUAAAUUUACAACCAUCUUCAAUACCUUCAUCAACAACAACAAAUUCAAUAAAUAUAACUAAAAAACAACCAACUAUACCUAAAAAUGAAAUAAUACCUUCAAAAACAGAUAUUGGAGCAUUAGCAAAUAGAAUAAAUUUAGAAACAAGAUCAUUACAUGAUAAAGUUGAUAAAUUAGUUACUUUAAAAAUGGCAAUAGCUCUUAGGAAUUAUAAAGUUUAUCGUCAAGGUUUACAAUCUUUUUAUCAUAUUUUUAAAAGUAUUGAAAAUUCAUUAAAUUAUCAAUUUGAAAAUAAUUCAAAUGAUAAAUAUGUUAUAAUGUUAAAAAAAGUUUGGAAAUCAGAGAUAAGUAGAACCACUAAAGCUGAAAAAGAUCUUUUAUUUUAUUAUGAUAAUGAUAAAUCAAAAUUUGAAAAUCCAAAAAUGAAACAACAAAUUAUUUUUAGUCAACAUAUAUUAAAUAAAACUAAAGAAAAACCUUAUUUAUUAUUUGCUUAUUUACAUGUUAUGUAUUUAGCUUUAUUUGCUGGUGGUAGAUUAAUGAGAUCAUCAUUUAUAAAAGCUACUGGUUUUUAUCCUCAUAAAAAUAAUUUAAAACAUGAAGAAAUUAUAAAAUUAGGUACAAAUUUUUUUACAUUUGAUGUUGAAAAUGAAGAUAAUUUAAGAAUUGAAUAUAAAAAAAAUUAUGAAUUAAUAACAAGAAUUGGUUUAACAGAAGAUGAAAAAUUAGAAAUUAUUGAAGAAAGUAAAUUUAUAUUUGAACAAAAUGCAAAUUGUUUAAUUGAAUUAGAAAAUUAUAAUUUAGAAAAAAUAAAGGGAAGUUGGUUAUAUUUCUUAAUGACAAAAGGUUAUUAUAGUUUAAUGAUUAUUGUAUCAAUAUUAUUAGUACUUUAUUUAUUUAGAACAAUUAUGAAAUUUAUAUAA